CCUGUCCUGAACCCUGCUCUCCUUGGUCGUGGCCACACUUCCCUUCCAGGCCCCCAUCUCACCAUGGCCAGAAGCCUUUGAGAUCGUAGUGAGGCACGCAAGGAACUUCACCAACAGCAUGUUUAGGAACCACUACAAGAGCAUGGGGCCCAGAGCUCUGAAGUUUGUUGGAGAACUUUUCACGGAUGUCUCGCUGUACAUACUGGGCUCUGACAUCAGCGUUAAUGACAUGAUCAAUGAAUUUUUUGAUAGUUUAUUUCCUUUGGUCUACUCCCACUUGAUCAAUCCUGGCUUCCCGGAUCCCUCGGUGGAAAUGACUGAGUGCCUGCGCGCAGCCAGGAGAGACCUCAAGGCCUUUGGUAACUACCCGAAGAUGAUGAUGACGCAGGUGUCCAAGUCACUGCAGGCCACGCGGGUCUUUCUGCAGGCACUCAACCUGGGAAUCGAGGUGAUAAACACCACCGACCACCUGAAGCUCAGCAAAGAGUGCGGGCGGGCGCUGCUCAAGAUGUGGUAUUGCUCGCACUGCCAGGGGCUGCUCCUGGCCAAGCCCUGCGCUGGGUACUGCGGUGUGGUGACGUAUGGGUGCCUGGCAGGGGUUGGUGAGAUCGACCGUCACUGGAGAGAUUACAUCAGCUCCUUGGAGGGGUUGACCAAGGGCAUGCGUGGUGUCUAUGACAUGGAGCACGUCCUCCUGAACCUCUUCUCCCUGGUGCGGGACGCAGUCAUCUACGUGCAGAAGAAUGGAGGAAAACUCUCGGCAACUGUCAGCCGGCUCUGUGGUCAUGCUCAGCAGAGGCAGUAUCGAUCCACUAAUUACCCUGAAGACCUCUUCAUUGACAAAAAAGUCCUGAAGGUGACUCGCGUAGAGCAGGAAGAAACGCUGUCGAGCAGGAGGAGGGAACUGAUUAUGAAGCUGAAGUCUCACAGUGAUUUUUACAGCAGCUUGCCAGAGUACAUCUGCAACCACAGCUCUGCUGUUCAGAAUGACACCAUUUGCUGGAACGGGCAAGAAGUCGUGGGAAGGUACAGUCCCCAAAUCCCAAGGAAUGGAGCAAAAGCUCAGCCUGGAAACCACGAGGGGAAGAUGAAAGGUCCUGAGCCAGUGAUCAGCCAGAUCAUUGACAAGCUGAAACACAUCAACCAGCUGCUCAAAGGGACGGCUCUGCCCCACCGAAAAGCUACAGGCAAAACCCCAGAGGAGGAGGAAGAGGGGAGUGGAGACUGUGAUGAUGAAGAUGACUGUGGCAGAGGCUCUGGAGAUGGAGAGCUGCGAGUGAGGAACCAGCUCCGGUUCUUAGCAGAGCUGUCAUACGACGUGGACAUGGACGACACCUUGGCCAACAAGCAGCUGCUGAACCAGCACAACAAAGAUGGGGUUGCCGUGCCCAACACUGACCCCGGCAGCAUGGCCCCACGCCUUGGCCCUACUGCUGCCAUCACCUUAGCCCUGCUGCUGGGCUGCUGGCCCUGAGCAGUGCUGCGGCACUCAGUGCCUUCCCAUCCCUUUUUUUAAAUGAGGAAAAUGUUCAGAACCUCCCUGGAAUAUAUGCACAUUGCCAAAGACAGGGCAAAGGACUUGAGUGGAUUUUAUAAAAUAAUACGGUAUCUUCACCAAAAAAAAAGAGAAGAAAAGAAAAAAAAGGGUUUGUUCAUGGUAAACUAGUAAAUACAUCACAGUGUUUUUAAAGAUAAUCCUAUUUAAUAUAAGAAGGUUGAUAUUAAAUUGUCCCUAGCAGUUUUGGAAGACUGAGCUCUGCCUUGCCUUUAACGGAAGAGCGCAUUUCAUCUUGAGUUGUUUGAAUGUGCAUGGGGUAAAGAACACCUAGAUUUAUGAAGUACUCUCAGCAAAUAUCAGCCCCCUGUUCCCAGUUGACUUAAUACAGACUUUUUCUGUGGUUGAUGCAAUUUUUGUACUCUCUCCAAAUCGGGGAGUCAUCCUGAGGCACCCGGCCAGGAACAGAACCCGGCAGGACUGGGAAGAUCGAAUAUAAGGUCAAGGAAGAAAGGUGCUGUUGGUACAUGUGCUGGGACUGCCAGGUAUUUGCUAGCCUUGGCGUGGCUCUGGUGCCACCAGCCCCAGUGCUGUCAGGCAAGCAGCAGUGAGAGAACCUCUCAGCAGCUGGGAGUGAGAUGGAGAAUGGGACCACUGCCUUUCUCUUGUCUCCAGCUGUGGGUCCCCACCAAGGAUGCCCAUGUGUGCAACACCCUGUUGGAGUUCUUUGGAGCAAAGCACCACCUUUUCCAUGGGAAAUCUGCAAACGCAGUCCAGACAAAGGGCAGACAGCAUGGUUGUGCACACCUCCGUGCUUUAUGGGGAUGAAUAAUGCAUCCAACACACUGUGCUACAAAGGAGGAAAAGAAAAGGAUUUGCAGGAUCCCAGAGGCAGAUGAGACUCUUGCUCAAGUGUUUCUUUGCAUGCUACUUUGCUUAAGCUGUCUCUAAAAUAAAGGUCGUUUGCUCUAGA